GACAUUUGUGUUCCUUUGUCAGCAGAAUUUUCUCAGCCUCAGAUUACUUUGUACACUCACUAACUUGGCAAAUUGAAAUCAUCAGCAAUAAUAUGAAUGGUCGAAAACCAAAAUUCCAAAAUCUCUAAGACCCAACUUCAAUUUCUUCUUCUUCAAGGUAUGCUCUUUUGAUUCUUGAAGAUUAUUAUCAGCAAUUGCUCCUCUGUUUUAUUAUCCUGUGGGGGGUUUACGCAAUCAUCAAUGUAAUUUUUCUGAAUUUUGGGUUGUUUAGUUCCAUCUGUUGCUAAGUUUCUCUGAACAAAAUGCCUUAUCUAAAUGUCUGGUCUUCAAGAACAAACUGCCUUAUCUCUGAACAAGACUUGGCUUCAUCUUCUACUUCAGUUUUUACCUGGCGGAGAACUGAAAGUUGUGUUCUUGCAUACUCUCUCUCACAUAAUUUUACCUCUGAUCAUGUAUCUAUAAGGAAUAAGCCUAAGUUUAGAAAUCAAGAUUUCUGUUUGAGAACAGAAUCCGUUCCUUUUCGCCCCCAAAAGAAGGAUUCUUUUGGCCCAUCUUUUGCUUUGGCACAAGCCUCUGGAGAGAAAGAUAUUGAUUGUGAUAUAGUAAAACAAAAUUCACUAUCUUUCACUAGUGGGGAGGGUGGGGUUGAGGGUUUCACUUGUGUUCAAUUGGAAGAAAAGGGGGACUUGACUAAUAAUGUUGAGUAUGAUGAUGUUGGAAGUGAGGAGGAUGAGGCAGGGAUAGUAAAAGGUGAGAAGGUGGACGUUCGAGCUCUGGCGCAGAGCUUGCACUUUGUCAAAACUGCAGAUGAGGUAGAUGAAGUUCUUAAGGAUAAGGUUGAAUUGCCCCUUCAAGUUUACUCAUCUAUGAUUAGAGGUUUUGGUAAAGAUAAGAAACUGAACUCUGCUGUGGCACUUGUUGAGUGGUUAAGGAGGAGGAGGGGCAAGGACAAUAUUGGCUCUAUUAGCUUAAAUGUGUUCAUUUAUAACAGUCUUUUAGGUGCCAUAAAAGAGGCGGGGAAGUAUGAUUUUGUUGAUAAAGUCAUGGAUGAUAUGGUUUCAGAAGGAGUGCAGCCUAAUGUUGUGACGUACAAUACUUUAAUGAGAAUUUAUAUGGAACAAGGUCGGGAACUUGAAGCUCUCAAUCUUUUCAGGGAGAUGCCAAAGAAGGGACUCACUCCUAGUCCUGCAUCCUAUUCCACUGCCUUGUUUGCUUAUCGGAGACUUGAAGAUGGAUUUGGUGCUAUAACUUUCUUUGUCGAGACACGAGAGAAAUAUCAAAAUGGUGAAAUAGGAAAUAUUGAGGAAGAAAACUGGGAGGAUGAAUUUGCCAAGCUUGAGAAUUUCAUAGUUCGAAUUUGCUACCAGGUGAUGCGGCAGUGGCUGGUAAAGGGUAAAAAUGCAAACACCAAUGUUCUGAAACUACUAACGGAUAUGGAUAGGGCUAGGCUCCAACUAAGUCGUGCAGAAUAUGAACGUCUAGUGUGGGCCUGUACUCGUGAAGAACAUCAUGUUGUAGCAAAAGAACUGUAUAAUAGGAUAAGAGAGAGGGAUACAGAUAUUAGCCUAUCCGUUUGCAACCAUAUUAUUUGGUUGAUGGGUAAGGCGAAAAAAUGGUGGGCAGCUCUUGAAAUUUAUGAGGAUUUGUUGGAUAAGGGGCCUAAACCAAACAACAUGUCAUAUGAACUGAUAGUUUCUCAUUUUAACAUACUGCUGAGUGCAGCCAGAAAGAGAGGUAUUUGGCGAUGGGGUGUUAGGUUGCUGAAUAAAAUGGAAGAGAAGGGGCUUAAACCAAGCAGUAGGGAAUGGAAUGCCGUUCUUGUUGCCUGUUCCAAGGCUUCAGAAACAUCUGCUGCAGUGCAGAUAUUUAGGAGAAUGGUAGAGAAAGGUGAAAAACCUACAGUUAUCUCCUAUGGAGCGUUGCUCAGUGCUCUAGAAAAAGGCAAGCUCUAUGAUGAAGCUCUUCAGGUUUGGAAACAUAUGAUCAAAGUGGGGAUCGAGCCAAAUUUGUAUGCCUAUACUAUUAUGGCAUCAAUUUACACUGCUCGAGGGAAAUUUAACAUAGUUGAUUCUAUCAUCAAGGAGAUGGUUACUACUGGAGUUGAGCCUACAGUUGUUACAUUCAAUGCUAUUAUUAGUGGAUGUGCUCGGAAUGGUAUGGAAAGUGUUGCAUACGAGUGGUUUCAGCGCAUGAAAACUCAAAACAUAACCCCGAAUGAGGUUAGCUAUGAAGUGCUAAUUGAGGCUCUCGCCAAUGAUGGCAAGCCGAGGCUAGCAUAUGAGUUGUAUGUGAGAGCUCUAACUGAAGGCCUUAGUCUUUCUACAAAGGCUUAUGAUGCAGUCAUCUCAUCUACACAGGCAUAUAGUGCAAGUAUUGAUCUAAGCAUUCUUGGCCCCCGCCCACCAGAAAAAAAGAAACGAGUGCAAAUCAGGAAAAGUUUGUCUGAAUUCUGUAAUAUAGCCGAUGUUCCUAGAAGAAGCAGGCCCUUUGACAGGGAUGAAAUUUUUACUGCUCAGACAAAAGGAACAUGAUAAGCACAACUUUAUAUUGCUAGUGUGUGUAAGUGUACAACUCAUUGUUUAUAUGUUGUGCUGUUUUCAACAGAGAGUGUAUGCUUCCUCUUGUGUAAAGCUACAUUAGUUGAUUGACUUUAGAUGCAAAAUCAGGCUUAUCCCAUUUACCUUUUCACCUCUA